UACUAUAUUUUGCUGAGGCAUUAUCUACAAGUACUAUGGAUUGGAGUCAGAUGUUGCAGCUCUCACUCUUCUCACUCCUCUGUCUCACUGGCAGCGCCAAGGCAGUAGGAGAUCUCUGUGAGGACAAAGGACGAGAGGUUGAGCGGGUGUUUUCAGUUUCCGGUGAUGCUGCCAUGUUAACAUCCACCCUGGUGGACCUCAAUGUGUUUGACAACGGCAGCAUCCCCUAUAACAUCUCAUGGUAUGACCCAAGGACUGGGAGAGAGCUGACCAGGGAGACAAGAAAGACUCUGCCGCGGGGAAAGACACUGUGGAUUUUUAACAUCGCGAUGGAGGAUGCUGGAAACUAUGAGUGUGUUGUGAGACUACCCUCCCAGUGCUAUAAGAAAUCGGCCUUACUGAUUGUGAACCACACCAACCCAGAAGAAUGCGGUCGACCAGAAAAGGCCGACCAGGUCCUGACCAACAAAGACACCGGUUUUCUGAACUGCCCAUUGAGUGACCAUAUCAGGGAAGUGGACAAUUACUCCAUUCAGUGGUACAAGGGCUGUGAACCCAUUGUGAAAGAUGACCCAUUGUGGAACAGGUUUAGCUAUGUCAAUAACAGUGUUACGGAGUUACUCCUAGUAAAAGCGGUCAUCCCUGAGGACCAUGCGUUCUACACCUGCACCAUGACCUUUAACUUGGAAGGGCUCAGCGGCAGGAUCUCAGAGACCAUCAACGGUAUGGUGGACGUGCAGUAUUGCCUGGAGCCCAAAGUGGUUGAACCUGCCAAUGAGAUCAUCAAAGCAGAUCUGGGUUCUUCCUUCAGUAAGAUGUGUCGGGUGUUUGUGCCGAGUGUGGGGAAUAAAAGUUGCACGGAUUUGAAUUGGAAAGCUAGCAAAAACUCAAUUUCCAAAAUUGUCUCAGAACGCAUCUUUCAGGAAUCACAAAGGGAGUGGAGAGAAGAAGAGGAGGAGGGUGUAUGGUUGGAGCGUCAUUUGAAUUUCUUGAUGGUGGAAGAGGAAGACUUUUACAUCAACUACACGUGUUUGGUUUCCAGUGACAGAGGCAUUUCUUUAGCCUUCUUCAUACUACAGCCUACAGAUCCAAACUAUCUGCUCCCUAUUGGGGUACUACUGACCAGUCUGGUAUUGGUGUUUACUGUUAGUGUUGUUAUUUACCAUCGCUUCAAGAUCGACAUCGUGCUGUCGCUCAGGAGGAUGUUCCCGCUUUUCUACACAAACACAGACUCUGAUGGGAAGUUGUAUGAUGCGUACGUGGCAUACCCCCGUCUGUUUGGGGAUGGGGCGGAGCCUGUGGAGGCAGAGAUGUUUGCCCUCCACAUGUUGCCCCAGGUUCUGGGGAGGUGUGGCUACAGGCUGUUCAUACUGGGCCGGGACAGCCUACCAGGGGAAGCCAUAGUAGAUGCAGUGGAGGAGAGCAUGCUGGCAAGCCGGCGUCUCCUCCUGGUCUACUCUGGCUCUACGUUCUGCAGUGGAAGCCACAGUGACAGCAGCAGUGGUGUCCUGAGGCCUGGGAGCUUCGAGAGGCAGACGGCCAUGCACCGUGCCCUGUUGGAGGGCUCCCUUAAGAGUGUCCUUGUGGAGCUGGAGGAGGUCUCCCCCACACAGCUGACCCUCUUCCCCGAGUCGGUGCGCCACCUCCGGGAGCGCUCAGGCGCCGUCUGCUGGUGGAAGAGUAGCAGAGGGUUGAGAACUGAGGUUUAUAUGCCAGUGAGGGAACACGAGACCGAGGUGACCAGAGAAGAACAGCCUGAUGAAGUUGUGAUGGGAUGGAUGGGCUUUGGAGAGGACAGU